UGAUCAGUGUCACCCAAGAAUUGAAACUGAUUAAAAGUGGGGCCAAGAUGGAUGCUCAGGCUCUGGAGGAGAAAAACGCUAAAGAACGGUUGAGAAAAAAGGUGGAGAAGUUCAUCCAGGAGAUUUGCCUAAUGAAGGUGGAUUCUGACCUAUGGGAGAUGAUAAGAGAUAACGAAGAAGAGGAAGAAAGGAAUAAAGAGGUGAGGAGAAAUGGAGAACAAAGCAGUGUGGCAAGUAAGCCAAAGCAGACAGCCACGAGAUACACUGUGAGCAAACCAAAGGAAGUCAAGAAGGGUUUGAACAUGGAAGACAAAAAGGAGGACAGACAGGUGGUGUUGAAACGUCGAUUUGGGAUGAGUGCAGCCAACUCCAAGCUGAAGCAGUGUGAGCACUGCGGCCGGUGCUUUGAUCCUAGUCGCCUGGAGAAGCACAGCGAGAUCUGUGCCAAGCUCUCCUCCAAGAGCUCUAGACGGGGGGUCUAUGACUCCACCAAGCACCGGCUCAAAGGCACUGAACUGGCUGGCUACGUGAAGCGAUCCGUGGUCUGAUGCACCAAGGGACCUGAGUCUGUCGCUCUUUUGUAUUUUGGAAUGAACAGACAGACAUACAGUGACUGCUAAACCACCUGCUGCCCAAAUUAGGACUUCUACCUUGG